AGACCCGAAAGCUAGCGAUUCCCAGCUGCAAUUUGCGAUGAACUGGCACUAUCAUUGGCGUUUUAACAGUGGACGUAAAGAAAGAGUAUAACGAAAAUUUUAACAAAAUACUGCUUCGAACAUUCCAUAAUAAACCGAAAAUGAUGUACCAACGCAGUUGAUUAAGAAAUCUCACAAAUAAAAUUAACACCAAUAAUAAAUACAUAUAAAAGCAUCAAAUAUAUAUAUUAUAUUCAUAUUUAAUAAGAGUUUAAAACAUUAAAUUAAACUUUAAGAUACCAACAACAAAUAACAAUAGUUUAAAAGGACUAGCUUUAUAGGCAAACACCUUCCUACAAUUCAAGUGAAAAACAAAAACAAAAAACAACAAUAUAAUAAUGGCCGACAAAAAAAUUGGUGAAUAUUAUGCGCCCCCGCCAAAAAUGGGCAAGUGGGAGGGUUUCAAAAAAUUCCUAUGGAACAGUGAAACUAGCCAAUGCCUUGGACGCACCGGUUCCAGUUGGGCGAAAAUCCUCCUGUUCUAUAUAAUAUUUUAUGCGGCGUUAACUGGAUUCUUUGCUGCCAUAUUUACUGUAUUUUACACAACAUUGGACAAUGAAAAGCCCAAGUGGAUGCUUGACAACGGAUUGAUUGGAUCCAACCCAGGUCUUGGUUUCCGACCCAUGCCACCAGAGGCAAAUGUUGAGAGCACAUUAGUUUGGUAUGAAUCAUCAAAAGAGGAUAAUUAUAAGUACUGGGUUGAUGAAACUGCUCGUUUCCUGAAAUCUUACGAGGAUCUUGAGAAACAGAAUCAAGUAAACUGCAGCUUCGAACAUCCUCCACCAGACGGCAAAGUUUGUGGCAUUGAUGUUGCCAGUUUCGCUCCGUGUACAUUCGACAAGAAUUUUGGUUACCAUGUGGCCAGGCCCUGCAUAUUCCUAAAGUUAAAUAAGAUUUACAAUUGGGUACCAGAAAUUUAUAACGAUUCUAAAACUUUGCCAAACGAUAUGCCUGAAGAACUGAAGCAGCACAUCAAGGAAAAACAAAGUCUGCGGCCCAAUGAGACCAAUGUCGUUUGGGUAUCGUGCGAGGGUGAAAAUCCCGCCGAUGUUGAAAACAUCAAGGCCCGUGAUUAUUACCCACGUAUGGGUUUCCCACGUUACUAUUUUCCGUUCCAAAACAUCCAGGGAUACAUUCCACCAAUUGUCGCUGUGCAAUUUACUGUUGAAACCGGCGUUUUAAUAAACAUCGAGUGCAAAGCCUGGGCCCGCAACAUUAACCACGACCGCUCGGAUAGGAGAGGAUCCGUCCACUUCGAGUUGAUGGUUGAUUAAGAAACACGUUAAACAAUACGCAGCCGAGAGGACAACAGCAUGCGACAGUAUCAGAGCAGCUGAAAUCGAGGAAGCAAUGUGAAACAGGUGGAGUGGGAGAAAGUGAAGAAAAUUAGAAAGAAAACAACAAACAUAAGCAAAGUGUAGCCACAAGCAUAAACAACGGGUUUAUUGCAAGAAAAAUUGCAUUCAAGAUACAGCAGCAACCAAAGACAGAACUAAAAAAAAAGAACAAGCUACAAGAAAAAGGAUUAUUAAAAAAAUCUAGCGCUUUAAUGCAAAUAAAGAAAAAUAUAUAAGAACCUACCCAACGCUACCAACAGAACGCCCCACACGGAAUCUUAAAAAAAACUAAAUUUUUUAGAAACAUUUUAUUUAGUUUACCAUUUAGGCAAAAAAAAGUUUAAAUAAUAUUGGCAGUCCACGAAUAUUAGAGCAAAAUAUGUAUAAUCAGAAAAAUUAAAAAAAAAAUGACAAAAAAAUAUAUAUAACCGUUGUUAAUACCGUUUUUAGACUAGCCACAUCAUGGCGGAAUAUUCUAACGCAUAAUAAAUGCGAUUGUAACCAAUGAACGUUACAAAAGUUGUAUUUACAUCGACGCCUGAAAAAUACAUUAUUUUGGAUUCCUUUGCCGCAUUUUAUUGCCUAAGCAGCACAACAAAGAAUCGCAGGUGCAUUGCGAAAGCCACAAGAACUUUAAGUAAAAUUAAAAUUACACGAAAGUACUUUUUUAUUUAUAAAUGAAAGUUAUUCUUCACUCCACUGCUAGUUUGAUGAAAAUAAUUCCUUCUCCGAGGUCGAACUGGGAGAGUCGUUUAACAUUUAUAACAUCCCAUAUCUUCAGGUUACAUAUGGCAAACACUGCCAAAAAUUCCCAAGAUACGAUGUGGCCAGUAUAAAAGACGGUAAAAAAAAGUUUUAUUUUGCUUUUUGAAAAUUGUUUUCGGGCAAGAAUCAAGAAAAACAAAUAAACGACAAAAGCAGCGAAUUAAACAUUGAAACUGUACUCAAGUUAAAAAAAAAAACAAAAUACAAAUUAAAAUUGUGUAAAACUAUUGUUUUAGUUAAUAAAAAUUUAAUACACUUAUUAAUUGUAAAAUUGGAAAACACACGACAACAAAAUAUACCAACCGAGUAUUGUUUUCUACCUAUAGUUUAUUUUUUUGUUGCAUAUGUAAGCAUGUUUUCCCAAAAUAAAAAAAAAAACAAAAAAAAUAUGAAAUACUUAUUAAGAAAGCCCAAUUUAUAUUCAAUACUUAACAAAAUCAAAUAAAAACAGAAAUUGCAACAAAAAUAGUUAAUAAACAAGAAUAUUUAAAAAAAAAACACAGAAAUGGAAAAAAUUUAAAAUCUUGAAAAUUUAAAGAGCAACUCCGAUUUCAAUGGGAUAAACCUGAAACAAGUAAACAGAUGAAAAUGAUUGAAUAAACUGCUGUUCAAGAAUGAAAUUGAAGCACGGAGUAACUGGUUACAAUAAAAAUGAUAAGCAUUCGAAACGAAAAUAUUAUGUUCACACAACCACAAGCCCUAAAAAUAAUAAAUUGAAAUAAUUCAAAUAAAUAAAACACAAAAUCCGUUUCCAUAUCAUACUAUGUUUUGCAGCUAACCCAAUUCAGAGGAAGACCAAGGAUACUACUUAUAGGGGGACCCGGCCCCCCGUCUUUCACAUGCCAUUUAUUUACUAUCUCUUCAAACACAAAGUGGCAGCGAAUCUUAGUGGAUACGAUUACGAUUAUUUUCACUUACAGAUACAAACUGCAGACUCGAUACUAAGCAUAGCAGGCACUGUUUAGUAAUAUACCAAUUCUAAAAUCAAGCUUUUUAAUUUACCUAAAUAAAAAAUCCUUACAAUAGUUCUUAAUUAGGAAAACCAAUGCCUAAUAAUUAACCCCUUUUUUCCAUCCACUUAUAUAGCGUAAUAUGUAAGAGACUAGCAGAAUGAAGAAAAUAAAUUAAUGUUAUACAGUUUGAAAGUUUUGUCAGAAUAAAAUAACAAAAUACUUGAAUAAUAAAACUAAAAUAAUAAAUUUAAUAAGAAAUAGAUAAAUGAAAAUGGUUAAAUGAAUAUUAAAAUAUAUUACCAUAAAAAGUAAUACAGCAUACUUUCAUGAAAUGAAGUUUAGAUGUAAAUUUCCACGGCUUAAGAAAAUUACAAAAAUAGAUAAUGGGGCCUCUAAUUAAAUCAGAGAAAACUUUAGGAUUAUUUUACUAAAUAGUUUUUUAAAAAUUUUGUUGAAAAAUAAAAUUGUUUCCUUAUUGCCUCAAAUACCCAUAUAAUUGGAAAGUAUUUCAAACAUAUUUUGUUACGAAAAUCGAAGCUAUGAAAAAUUGUUUAAUGUUUUCUAUGGCUAAGCAAGAUAACUAAAAAUGAAGAAAAUAUAAUUAGUUAAGUAGUCUAAUUAAUUGCCUGCAGCAUAUUUUGUCACAAGAAAAUAACAAAUUACUGAAGGGAGAUCUUUAAAAUAGGAUGUUUCAUACAAAUACAGGCAAUCGCUGGCAGAAAAUAAAUUAAAUUUAUUUUCAAACACUCUGGUUCCCAAGGCCUUUAUAAUUUUCAUCAGAAUAUAAUGAUUUUAUAGUUGCAAGUCAUUUUUUAUAUUAUAUGUUACUCCCCCGGCAAAGUGUUCCCAAAACCGCCGAUAAUAUUAAUGGGUUAUCUGGGGUAAAACAAAAAAAACAAACAAAAAAACUUAAAAUAACUCAAAACAAAAUAAAUUAACACAAAAGAUAUGAUAAAACUGCCGUAAACUGUUAAACCUUUAAAUUCCAAAAUUUAAUUUUUUUUAUUCAGAUUUACCAUGCCGAUUUGCGGUUGCCAGACAGAUCUUAAUAAUAGAAAUCACUAUAGAUUCUUACUCAUCUUUAGGCGGCAACAACUAGCACAUAAUUAAAAUGAAUUAUAUUUAACAAGCAUGUAUAAAAACUGCCAUUUUUUACACAAAGUGUACGUAAAAAUAAAAAAACCAAAAGGUAAGACAAACAUAAAACAUUUAACCGUUUUGUGUGUAAACCCAACAGUGACGUCAAUAAAUAUUUCAAAAACACCCUUUGAACAAUUUCUUGUCAGACUUGUCGGACAAAUUUGGAAAUUAAAUAUUGAUUUCCGUCUUGACUUGGACCAGCUUCUAAUCUAUUUAAUUUUCUUAUGAAAGACCAUUACAUUCUUGGGUCAUGUAUUUGUGGUCUUUAGUUCAUUGGAUCUCCCUCAGAAACAAGUGACACUAUGGCGAAGUCGAAUAAUUUUGUCAAAUUUAAAAGUAUUUGAUGUAAUAUGUUGAUUUUAAUUUAAUUGGAUUUUUGUUUCAACAUUUACCAAUGAAACAAAUGAAAAUAAAUGGCAAAAUUAGCGGCAAUAGGAAAAUAUUAAAUAGAAAACUAAGAGAUACAAAUGUAUUUAAAAUAAGUCUUAAAAAUCUAAGGCAACUAUAACAUAAUGACAUAUAUACAUGGAAAUGUAUGCAAUAUGUUAUAAUUAAUAGAACAGAAACAAAGUAAAUUACAUUUAAGUGCAUAAAAUUUAGAUUUUAGUUGAUCACCCUCACACAAGAAAAAAAUAUAAAAAACAAACACCCACGAUACAGGGGAACUUUGGAGCAGCUUAAUAACUUCAGUUUUAAAUAAUGUAUUUAGAAGAAAAAAUUGCAAGCUCUAAUAAAUAGUAACUUAAUAAAAAAAAACCAAAACACAACU